AUGUAGAAGUUCUUUUUGACUCGUUAUAUGCUUUAAGAUUACUAAAUGUUAAGCUUAUAAUAAAGUAUAACCAGAGAUAGACUCAAUUAUUAUUUAAAAUUUAUUAAUCCUUUAUUGAUUGGAUCAUAUGAUGAAUUCAAACUGAACUUUUAAGAUCAUUUUUAAGAUGAAACAUUAUCUGAAUUUAUCAAAGAUGAAUAUGUUAUUAUUUAAUAGUAAAUACAUCAUUAUGCUCCUAUUAAAUUACAAGAAUAUAAUAUGACUUUAUUUAAUGCAUUUAGUAUCUUACUUGAUGCCUUUUACAAAUAAGAAUAAAUUUAUAUAAAACCUUAAACAACUAGAGGUACAAAUCCACAUAAUACAUAUUAAUAUAAGAACUAUAUCUUAUUUGUAACUGUCUUUGACAAUAUAUCUGAUUAAAUGUAUUAAGAAUCUGUAUAAAAAAUCGAUUUGGUUGUAUAAAGAUGGAUAAUAAUGGUUAUUCCAAUAUCAAUUGCAGUAUUAAUCUCUAUGAUUCUUCUUGGUUAUUAUUACAAUUAUUUCAACCAUUUCUUAGAGAAAUUCUUUGAUUUAAAUACACAUAUAGAGUAGAUAGAACUUGAUGCUGAUUAAAGUAGACAAUAAUUUAUUCUUCAAAGUUUAAAAUAAGGAUCAGAAUUAAUCCAUUUGUAUAAAUUUAAUUUGAUUGGAAAGGAAGAAAUAUUAGCAAAGAAUAAAAUUAAAGAAUCAAAAAAGGAGAUUAAAAAUAUGGGUAAUGAAUUAAAAGAAUUAAGGUAAUCUAUUAGAAUUUCUAAAUUACCUUUAAUUUUAUCUUUCUUUGUAUUGUUAUUACAAUAUUUAGUAAUAGCUGGUCCAUUAACAUAUGUUGGAAGUGAUUAUAUGAGUAAGUUUUCGACAACAAUUGACUUUUUUAAAUCCCUUUCAGACAUUGGUGUAUAUGUUCCAGCAUCUUUCUCUUAAAAAGAAAUCUUAUAUUUCUUUACUUAUUUCACUUAUUAUAAUGCUGAUGAUAGAGUAUUUUUUGUAGAUUAAAUUUAAAAAGCAGUGAAUAAAAUUGAUACUUUCUUAACAUUAUAAAUUGAAAGUUCAAAAUUACAAUUUUCAAAAUAAUUUUUAGAUAAUUAUGAAUAUUUAGAAUAAAAUAAUUUAUGUCCAUUAUUGAAUAGUUCAAAGUAUUUUGAUUUUGAUUAUUUUUGUUUAAAUUCUCAAAAUGGAAUAUUAAAAUUAGGUUUGAGAGCAGCAUUGACUAAUUUUAAUAAUAUUUUAAAGACAGAAUUAAGUAUUAACUUUCCAAUUACUCGUAAAUUACCUCCAAAAGAAGAAUUAGAAGCUGUUUAUUUAGGUUCUGAUAUAAUAUCUGAAAUUACUGUUAAAAUGGAAUAAGAUAUUAGAUCAUAAACUUAAACAAUAGAGGAAUUAUAUAAUGUAUUUAAAUUUUAUUAUUUUUCUAUUAGAUUAUAAAUGCUAUAAGUUUGACUUAUACUAUCUUACUGAUAAUUAUUAUUUAAUUUUCAGUUUUUAAGAUGUUUAGAUUGAAACUUAAUAGAACUAAAAUGAUCUCAUUAAUUUUCCCACUAGAAACAAUCUUCCUAAAUGACCAUUUUGAAAGAGAACUAAGAAGAAUGGUUACAAGUGAGAAAUUGAUUUGA